GCGUGUUGGUAUACUCAAUAUAAGUCAUUUAUUUACUUGUAUUUCAAAUUAAUCAUUUGUAACACUUGAGGAUUGCGUGUAAAAUACAAACAACUCCACAGCAAUGGAAACUAAAACGUUAAUACUACCAUCACCGAGCACAAUCAGUCAAAUCUAUAGCGAGUUGGGUACUUCUGAGACACAAAUAGAUCUUGACGUGAAAUUUCUCAAGGAGUGGAUGCGAAAACAGCCCCACCUUCCCAACCCAGACGACGAUGAAAAGAGGAUUGAUGAAAAACGAAUCAAAAUGAUUUUGAUCGUGUGCAAGAAUAGUUUGGAGAAAACCAAAGUGGUGUUGGACCAGCAUUACACUGUAAAACUCCUAAUACCAGAGUACUACACCGAGUGGGAUCCAACUUCACCAGAGAUAACUCAAGCAAUGAAACUUACUUGUUAUGCCCCAUUACCAAACCCAACUCAUGAGGGCCACAGAGUAACCCUCUUUAGUAUAAGGACUGAAGAAGCCGACCAUUUUGUAUGUAAUGAUAGUUUUAAACUAUGUACUAUGUCAUUUGAUCUCAGAAUGGUUAAGUUAGACACCUAUAAAAAGGACAUAUUCAUUUUUGAUAUGAACAAUGUUUCCAUGCAUCACUUAACAGCAUACUUAGCUAAUGUUAAAAAAGGCCUUGAAAAUGCAUUGAAGGCAUACCCAACGCAGAUACACCAAAUUCACGUAGUUAAUAUGAGAAGUUUCUUACAGCCGUUAUUUAAUAUCAUAAUAAGUCUUUUGAAUAAGAAAAUUUCCCAGAGGAUAUUUAAUCACAAAUCCAUCGAAGAUCUGAAAAACAACAUCGAUCCUAGUAUUCUUCCACUUAACUACGGAGGAACUUACCCCAAGACGUCUGAUGAAAUACUAGACGACUGGUACGAUGAGUUGAUAAGACACCGAGAAUGGCUUAUAACCCAAUCGUCGAUUGUAGCAGAUAACAGUAAACGCCCGAAAAAUUCCAACAACCACUUGGAUAAUAUUGAAAACGCAAUCGAAGGUUCUUUUAGGAAAUUGGAAGUCGAUUAAUGAUGAUUCAAUAAUCAGUUAAUAUAAAUUCGCUAAUUCUCUAAGAAACCAUAUAUGCAUAUGCUGAUGGUUUCUUGACAACAUAAAUGUAAU